AUGACUCGGAAGGGAAGCAAGAAAGCUAGAACAGGAUGUAUUACUUGCAAAUCUCGCAAGGUCAAGUGCGACGAAACAAAGCCAGCAUGUGACCGCUGCAACAGAACUGGCCGGACUUGUCAAGGCUACAUACCUGUCAAAGCCAAGCCAGUCAAACCUUCAAGCACAGUUCUUUGCCUACACAAGCCUGAAGCAAUUCCAGGGGUUCGUAGUCCCAGCGAAAUUCGAGCCCUGCAGUAUUUCUGUGAGAUAGCGGGUCCGUAUCUGUCUGGUGCCAUAGACCCCUAUUUCAUGUCAAAGCUAGUUAUGCAAUUUACUGGCUAUGAGCCAGCUGCUCGGCAUUCUGUCAUUGCCAUCAGUACUCUCUGCGAGCGCCUCAACAGCCGCAGUUCAGAUCAAUAUUCCCGAUUGCAGUACGAAACUUUUGCCUUGCGCCACUAUAAUGCUGCAAUUCAUGAUGUGAGGCAGUUGACCUCCUCUGACAAUCAACCUGUGGUGCUGCUUGUCUGCAUCCUGUUUAUAUGUAUUGAAACACUGAACUCAAAUCGAGCUGCAGUAAUCAAUCAUUGCAAGCAUGGUUUCAGUCUUCUCAAGUACACCACAUCCGAGUACGCAUGGGCACGACAGCAUCUCCUGCCUCUCUUUCGGCGACUGUCCAUAAUGGCUUUUCUUUACAGCGAUAAUCGAGCGGAUUUCCCCGACUUGUAUGGACUCGAACAUCCCGUACCAAGCAGAUUCUCAGACUUUGUCGACGCACAACUGAUGCUCGACGAUCUGUUCAGUCGCACACUCCGGCUUGUGCGGCGGGGCGAUCCGUAUCGUAUCAACCCACAAAAUAGAGGUUUAGCGUCACGCGAACUGGUUCUUGAACAAGAGAAUAUCAGAAUUUCCUUGGACCAAUGGCAAAACUUACUUGAAGACUUCGAAGCACGGCCACUCUCGCCACUAGAGGGACAUUCGACUGGGAUAGAGAACUUAACGAAGACGUUGCGAUAUCUCCUCCUGACCCGCUUUGCAUCUUGCAAAGCAUGGCUCAACACGGCUUUAGGAACCGAGCUUUAUGACUAUGAAAGGGAUUUAGACGCCUUUGAUUCCAUAUUUGACGACAUAGGCAUCACCGACCCCGAGUUUCGAGCUUCUUUUAGGCAAUCGCCCAGCUUCAUGUGCGAUGCUGGGUAUCUGCCGACCAUUACUUUGACCUCGGCCAGCUGUUUUCACUUAGAAUCUCGUCUGGCCGCCUUAAACCUAAAACCUGUCCCAGGCCUUCCACGGGAAACCCUUUGCCUUCAAGCGCAUGACACGGGCUGCCCUGGACUUGAAAGCGUCUCAGAAGACUCAAAAGAUAUCAGUCACUCAUCAUCAGAAUAUCGUAAGGGAGCAGCUAAAAGAAUAAUGAUACCGUGA